AUGUCAAAUUCCAAUUCCGGCCCUCUUCCAACAGAGGGGCCUUCAGCAGGAGGAGGGGACGAGUUCGAUGACCUAUUCAACUACGAUGCCAAUGUGGACGAUUCCAACGAUCCUUUCAGCGAAAAUUACGUGGUUCCUGGUGCAAAGGAGAGACAAAAACAGAAAGAAGCCCAAGCCAAACUCAAAUCCAAAGCUGGCGAUGGUCUAGGUAUUGAUGAUGCGGUCGAGGUCACAAGAAAGCCAAGGGAACCACGAAUAAAGCUGGAUGAGGAUAGGCUACUAUCUGCGAACGGUAUCCCUAAGCUGCGGAACAGGGCAAAGAAGCACUUGAGGUUCAAGGGAAAGGGCCAUGAGUAUAAAGAUGCAGAGAAUCUCUUGACGUUCUACCAGAUCUGGCUCGACGACCUCUUCCCAAAAGCCAGGUUCCUCGAUGCCUUAGCUAUGGUUGAGAAGACUGGACACAAAAAACGGAUACAAAUGAUGAGAAUGGAAUGGAUCAACGAGGGAAAACCACAGGCAGUCCAUGAAGACUCCUUGUUUGAUGAGCCUACGCUUCCAUCGGGAGAGAAAGACAGACGAGAAAAUACAGUUUCGAGAGUUGCACCAAUAUUCGAGAAGGUAGCUGAUGGUAGACCGAAAACACCAACACCGAACGCUAACACUGGACCGGAUGUUAAUAUGGAAGAGGAAGAUCUUUACGGUGCUACUCCAAGAGCGCCGAGACAGAGAGCAGUGGACGCAACCGGCUCUCAAGAUUCGUCAUUCGGGCGCAAUGGGGCCAGUAUUUUUGGGCCAGCCAAGACGGUCUCGGCUGUGGAAGACGGGCCAGAUGACGAUGAACUUGAUGCUUUAAUGGCCGAGGCGGAGGGGAAUACUGCAGGAACUGCGACCAUAAACAAGCAGCCAGUUACUACAAGCAAGGCAGCAGUUGAUGCUCAUAUGGAGGAUGAUGAUCUGGAUGCUCUCCUGGCGGAAGAAGAAAUGGUCCAAGCUGCUAGAACCAAGCCGGCUUCUAUCAUCAGUAAAUCAGCAGCUCUUCAAGACGACUUUGACGAUGAGAUGGAGGCUAUGGCGGGGAUGGACGACGUCUGGUAA